AGGAGGGAAGCUAAGGACUCCUCACACAUGUAGGCUCUCAGCUCGACGGAAGCUGAGGCACUGCCACCUCCAGAGGACCAGUGAGGCCCGGCGGCACAACACUCCCUUCCCCAGCCCAGCGGGCAGGUCACAACGGCUUCUGCAUCCCAGGUCAUCUUUAACAAGUGGUUGUGAAGGUGAACUGACCCAUGAGCAGAGAGCAGAAAACUUGGCAUCCAAAGUCACUGGAUUCUGAAGUCCUGGGGACACCAUCUUCUUUUAUUGUUCAAGAAAGAAGUCUUACUGUCACAUACAGGAAAAAAUGUUCUUUUGGAUAUUAGCCAUCCUAAUCCUCUGUGGUUUUCUAUGGAAUUAUAAAGGACAACUAAGGAUUGCAGACAUCACUGAUAAGUACAUUUUCAUUACUGGGUGUGACACAGGAUUUGGAAACUUGGCAGCCAGAACAUUUGAUAAAAAAGGAUUUCAUGUAAUUGCUGCCUGUCUGACUGAAUCAGGAUCAGCAGCUCUAAAGGCAGGAACCUCAGGGAGGCUUCAUGCCGUGCUUCUGGAUGUGACUGACCCAGAGAAUGUCAGGAGGACCGCCCAGUGGGUGAAAAGCCAAGUUGGGGAAAAAGGUCUCUGGGGCCUGAUCAACAAUGCUGGUGUUCUUGGUGUGCUGGCUCCCACCGACUGGCUGACAGUAGAGGAUUACAGAGAACCUAUUGAAGUGAACCUGUUUGGACUCAUCAGUGUGACAUUAAAUAUGCUUCCCUUGGUUAAAAAAGCUCGAGGGAGGAUUGUCAACGUCUCCAGCAUCAGUGGUCGGCUUGCCUUCACUGGAGGAGGCUAUGCUCCAUCCAAAUAUGCAGUAGAAGGCUUCAAUGACAGCUUAAGACGGGACAUGAAAGCUUUUGGUGUGCAUGUUUCAUGCAUUGAACCAGGAUUGUUCAAAACAGGAUUGUCAGAUCCAGUAAAGGCCACUGAGAAAAAACUCGCCAUUUGGAAGCAUCUGUCACCAGAUAUCAAACAACAAUACGGAGAAGGUUACAUUGAAAAAAGUCUCCACAAACUGAAAGGCAUUACAUCCUUUGUGAACAUGGACCUGUCCCUGGUGGUGGACUGCAUGGACCACGCACUCACAAGUCUGUUCCCUAAGACCCGUUAUGCUGCUGGAAAAGAUGCCAAGACUUUCUGGAUACCUCUGUCUCACAUGCCAACAGUUCUGCAAGACUUUUUAUUAUUGAAACAGAAAGCAGUGCUGGCUAAUCCUAAAGCAGUGUGACUCGGCUGACUACAAAUGCCUGCCCCCAGAUGUAAGAUUGUCUAGUUUCAAAGGACACAUAUUCUUUUUUGACCUCAUUCCUUAUCUAAUCCAAUCUGGACUCAUUUAGAUUAGGCUUCUGUUGAAGAAUGAAGGUCCCACUUUGAUGUCUCAAGGGCUCCUUCUCAAGCCUUCUAUGAAAAGAAGGUCAGAGAUGGCCCCUGGCCAAUAUUUAGGCUUUGCCUGCUUAGUAUGAUGCAAGGGAAAUUGCAGCUUUCCCAUCCAAAAUGAUCUCCACCACUGGCUACCUCAUGCUCCAAGUCCAUACCACUUAAAUUCCUGAAUGUUAAAUAUUUGACACUAUCAAAAUAUUAAGAGAUAAGUAGGAUACUAUCAUACAUGAAUUAGAUGUGUUAUCUUGCUGAGAACAACACUGAAGGACUGGACCUCAGUUCUGUGUGGGGGCAGGAGAAGGAAGGGCAAUGAGGCAUUUUGUGACGGCAUGAGCUAAGGGGCAGCACAAACACGGUAGGGGGGACUGCAAAAAGGAGGGAAGGAGAAGAUGACUUAGGAAAAGAAACAGGUUUGUAAGUGGAGGAGGCGAGCUUCCAAGGCAAGCCUGCCUCCUCCAGAGGGAGCUGUGGGGACCAGGCAGCCGGCUCAAGGCCGCUGUGGACACUGCUGCACGCACAGCUGCCUGUGGGAAGACGGUGACAACAGAGUGACCAAGCAUUCUUGGAGAAGAAAGGAGGAUAUUUAUAUUUAUUCUGGUGGCUAUAAAUAUAACAAGACCCAGAAUAUCUGAUAUGAUUUAAUAUCAGAGAUGGAAUGGAAUCCUGUACUAGAGAUGUCCCUGAAGGCCAUGAAGAUACAGAACUAAAUUAGAAGACUCCCUUCAGCCUGAAGUUUCAGUGAGAGCAGGUCUGCUCCUUGCUUGCACUCAUGGUUCUAAAUCGGGCUGGUCCUUGGCCCACAGCCCAUCCAGAGAGACAGUUUAGAAAACCAAAUGCUUCCCCAGUUUCCAGCACUCAGUAUUAUUCACAGAAGUUGGUUUAUAUUUAUGUGAAAAAGCUGGGAGUGUCAAAAUUCAACAUUUGUUGUAGAAUAUUAUAGGGUGAAAGAGCCAGAGAAAUUAUCUAGCACACACACACACAUGCACACACACACACAGUCAUUGUGAAAAAAAUAUUUAUCUCCUGCUUGAAGCCAUGUCCAUUUGAUGACAUCAAUAAUUAUAUUCAUUUUCAUUCACCUUUCUGGAGACAUCUGCUUAUGAGGUAGUUUCCUCUUUUCAGAUUUACAACAUACUGACGACUUUGAAAAAUGAAAUUUCCAAUGGUGUCCAUUCACUUGGACAUAUUUCAUCAUUUUGAGGGAAGAUACACUCAUCCUUUAAGCAUGAAAAUGAAGAAAAUCACAGCAAGAAUCAGAAGAAUUCUCAGGCAAAGUUCCCUAAACUAUUGUCACUAUCUACCUGUGAAGUCGUCUCUCUCUUGGCCCAGCCCCAGAGAAGUUCACCAGUAAAUCUCUGAUUUCUUCUGGUUUCAGUCAGCCACCUAUGGGUCAGGUGACUGUCACUCAACCUGUCCUUGGAGCAGGAGUCCCUCAGUGUUGUUUGCUGGAGCUGCCCCUUCUCCCCCUUGAAUUCCCAUUUCCUGGCUUCAUUUCACUGCUUUGAGAAUGUCUGCCUUGCUGCUGCUCCCUAACCUUCCAGGCCUCCAGGGCUACCAGGACUUUGGAACCUGCAGAAACCUCCUUUGCUGAAUUUCCAACCAUUCUAGUCAUGUUGUCGAGCCUAAUGGCGUCAUCCCCUUUGUGUUGCCUGGAGCCAGUUCCUUGCUCAUUUCCCCAACACCUACCAUUGGUGACUCCCUGUUUCAUCCAACCCAAAAACACUCUUCUUGAAAGAAUGCUCCCAAAUAUAAUACAGUAUCAUCUCAAAAUAAAACCAAGAAACUUUUAGA